AAAGAAUGGCCCCGGAAUGGAGCAAUGGUUCCUUGGGAAUUAGUUGGGAAUCUCCCCGGAUAAGGCAGUAGCACCUGUUCUACACAAUUUUACUUUGAAUCAUCAUUUUGUGGGGGAAAUUUGCAGAUCUGCUUGGCCGCCCAGGGCUCAGGGACUGAUUAAGAAAAACAAAGACCUCCCACCGCAUUCCAGAAGCAUUUGUAUGUGGUUUUGGGAGAUAAGAAAGGAAACAGACCCUACGUGAGACCUCUCUCCUGCUCACCCUGACAAUUGCUCCCGGGGAACAUUUUGAAAAGGACAAAAAAAAAAGCCCCAAAAAAUAAUAAUUUGCUUCAAGGCGACCAGAAGAACUUCAUCCAUAAGGAACUGCUGCAGAUUUUCUACUGACAGACAAAUAAACAGACAACAGCAUGUUGAUUGGUGCACAGGACUCAGGGUUUCUGUUGCUGCUGCUGACAUGCCUGAAACAAGUCCAAGUGAUGGCGCAACAAUCUGUCGUACCAGAGACCAAAGGGACAACUCUGUUCCAUGUGACAACUCAGAACGUCCCCGUAUACGGUACAGAGGAACCCUGUAAGGGGUGGUUCCAUGGCAGAAACAUCACUUUAAGCAGCAGAAGUCUUGAUGUGUUCCCACCAUGCCUGCCUAGCGACAUAGAAGCUUUGGACUUGAGUAAUAACAGCCUGGUGACAAUCACUCAGCCCCAUCUAUUGAAGCUUUCUCAGCUGCAGAGGCUGGAUCUGAAGCACAACCAAAUCCAGGACUUUUAUUGUGGGAGUGAUGUGCUGGAAAACCUGCAAUAUCUGGACCUCAGCAAUAAUAAUGUAUCUGACGUCCCACGGUGCAGCAAAGUGCAGAACCUCACGUGGUUGUCCCUGGCAAGAAACCCAAUUUUCAGAAUCCAAAAUUUAGCCUUUAAUGGGUUUCCUAAUUUGGUGUUUCUUAACUUAUCUUACACAAGGCUUGGGAAGAUCUCCCCUGGAGGCUUCAGUAACAUCUUUCCUCUGAAAGAGCUACGGCCAUCAAAUAUAUCAUCUAUUGAGAUACUUGAUCUUAGCGGUACUUAUCUUAGUGAGGUUCCCUCCUAUUGGAGCUUUGGCUUCUCCUACCUGAAGGAACUUUAUCUUCAGAAUAUGAUGAACAUAAAAACUCUGGAAAUGGAGCUCGUUCUAAUGUUUCCAAGGCUCAAGCUUCUAAGCUGUGCAGGUUCCAGCGCUCUCGCAUCAGUCAGUCGUUCUUUGUUUGAAGCUGGAUCUCAUCUGACGCAUGUCGAUUUUGAGAACUGCAACCUGACUGCCCUGCCCCAGUGGAUCACCGGUUCUGCUCAUUUGAACCUGGUCCUUCUUGGAAAUCCUUUGGCCUGCGACUGUGAUAUUGCCUGGAUUGUUUCUGAGCAGAUAAAUGUAACAGUAAUCAGAGCCAAUGAAACGUUGUGUAGGCAGGAGGAUGGACUUGAGAUCUCACUUGCACAGCUGCAUGACGGGUGCCAAAUCAACAAAACUGCCAGCAAUAACACAAUAGCAAAUAGUCUGAUUGGUUCAGUCCUCUUCACUUCUACAGAGAAGACUCGUGAAACAACAACAGUUGCUAUAGACAGUACAACCGUCACACAAAAAGUGGAAAAGAACACAGACAUUAUCACCGUUUUCAAGCAAACACCGUCAGUCUCUGACUCAUUUAAUGGGCAGCCUCCAAGUUCUACCACUCAGGCUACUACUUUACUUUUGGGACGUAUAACUGCACCCACAAAGAGCUUUGGGGAAUCAGAAACUGCUACACUAUUUCCAGGCACCUCAAGAUUCAUCCUUCCUACAAGUACAAAAAAAAGCCCUGUUGGUCAGAAAACCCAUCCAACCACAAGUGUUAGUACAAAACCCAUUAUUUCUGUCCCCUUAGAACUACCAGAAAUACAAAUAACUGAUUAUUAUGAGGACGACACACCACAAACAACAACAGUGAAGAGCCCAAGUGGACCCUGUGAUUAUAACCCCUGCAGACACCUUCAAAAAGAGUGUUAUGAACUUCAGCGCAUGACGCCGUGUUCCUGCCCUGGUUUAUCUGGGGACAAUGUUCUUCCGUUUCCUCCAAGGAUUCAGGAGGCAUCUGAGAUAACAGACACAUCGGCCCAGAUCCACUGGUGUGCCCCCAAUUCUGAAGUAAGAAAGUACCAGCUUAUUUACCAUCCCGAGGGGGACAAGAAUCAGACUGUUGUGGACAACAUCUACAUCACAUCAAGGAAAUACACAAUUUAUAAUCUUGCACCUGAUACAACGUACCACAUUUGUGCAGUGAGCUUCAACAGAGCAGGAUCAAGCCAACCACUCAAUGACGGCCCCUCAAGAUCCCCCUGCACCGAAUUUAGAACCAAACCAAGUUAUGUUGGAAUAUUGGCUGCUUUAUGCACAGUGGCUGGAGUAUCGAUAGUUGGAAUAAUUGUAUUAUCUGUCUGCCUGUAUAAGGUCUGCAGAAAAAAACUGGUUAAUCAAUAUGAUACACGUCUUGUCUCCUACAAGAACCCGGCAUUUGAAUACCAUUUAAAUAUCCCAUCGUACAAUUAACACUUACCUUGAUCUUAUCAGUACCAAAAA